AUGAUAUAAUUAUUUGAACUAAUUUUUUCAUUUACAAGGGAGAUAGUUUUCUUGGGAGACAAAGUAGUUGGGCGGAGGUCUGAUUUUUUGAGUUUGGGAGAUAAAGAACUAUGCAGCGCAAGAGUGAGGAUGUUAAAUAAAUUUGUAAUUUUGAGGUUGGUCAAUGAAGACUUAUACUCACAUUAACUAAUAUGUGACAAGUUUUUUAAUGUUGAAGGUUUUCAACUGUAUGAUUGAUAUUUUAUCAGCGGUUGAAGUGGAAAAGAAUGGGAAAAAGAUGAGAUUCUGGUGGAUCCCGACAGCUUUAUCGGUUUGUAUUAGUUAAAAGAAUUUUGUUGUUUUUUUUGUAUGCCAUGUUGAUGACAAUAUUGUUUGGUUUUUUUAAUUUUCUUUUUGUAGCGGCCAGACAGUUUAUGUUAUAGUACUAUAAGUAAUAAAAAGACAUGGUUUGAAUGGUGUGGAGAGGUUGAUCAGUUGGAAAAGGUUAAAUUGAUUACUUUUAUGAAUAUAAUUUAUGGUUUCCUAUUUUAUUUUUAUGAGAUUUUAGUAAUUCUUAUUGAUGAGUAUCUGGCAAGUUUACGUGCCUGUGCUUGCUAAAAGACAUUGGUUUCUAGCCGUAAUCAAUAUGUUUGAGAAGAAAGUUAAUGUGUUCGAUAACUUCAGCAUUCCUUCGUAUUUAUUAUGUGGUGGCAUAAUUAUGUCGAUGCUAUGCUCCAUGGACAAUGCAUUCAGUGAACAAUUCAAAAAAGUUUACGGAUCCGAUUUUUCUUUUACACAAUUUAGUAUAAGUGAACCUAUUUCCCAUCGAUACAAAUGCGUUGAUUAUGAUUGCAGUGUGUAUGUCACAAGAAUGCUUCUACAAGAAUAUGUGAAGGGAGUGUUAGGUGAUGAAGCAGAUGAUGUGGUUGAUGACUAUGUUCCUGGAAUACCUAUUCGAAUAGGACCAUUAUAUGUACCGCGGGAGUUUGAUUGGAAGGCACACAAUUAUGACAUGCAAGGAUUGCAUUAG